AUGUCGAAGGCUUCAAACAACUCAGAACAUUCGUGGUUCGAGAGUGAAACAUUAAGAUACUGGAAAUAUGUUUCUGUUUUCGGAAUCUUAUUAGUAAAUGUAAUUAACGAAAUAAUCAACCCGUCAAUCGAUUUCGAAAUGCAUUAUUCUAGUCUUUCUGCUAUUUUGGUGUUUUGUUCAGCAUUCUGGAUUUUCGUGAUCUUUGUUUUACAGAAAGAUGCUCGAAAUGUGAUAUUCAAGAAAUCUGGAGUUGUGCAUGAAAGAUUUAACCAAUUAACAGAACAAAAUAUCUGA